GAUCAGGAAGGGUUGUCGCCAGGAUGCCCUCUCUCUCCCUUACUAUUCACACUGGCAAUCGAGCCUUUGGCAUCAGCUAUUCGUCUCCAUCCACGAAUCUCUGGAUCACGGUGGGACCCACAGAGCACAAAGUUUUUCUAUUCGCCGACGAUGUUAUUUUAUUUCUAACAGAUCUGAAAAACUCAAUUCCGGCGUUGAUGGAAGUGAUCCAGGAAUUUGGGAGAGUCUCGGGCUACAAACUGAGUAAAAAGGCGAAGCAGUCACCAACGUGCAGGAUGAGCAGCGCAGUGGGGCUGUUUGUCGCCGCUCUGCUGUGUUUCUGCAGCUCUGCGUUCGGGCAGGCGGCCGUGGACGGCCAGCAAGGCGUUCUGGUUUUCUGCGAUGACCCGUCAGUGCAGAAGGCCGUCACCAGCGCCUUGCAUGAGUUCAACAGCAAGCUGACCGUCGGACAGAAGCUGGCUCUGUUUGAGAUCAGAGUGGCCAAGAAGACAGAGGACGUAUCCGACUCCAUGUACUACCUGGAGUUCACCAGCAGGAGGAGUGACUGUCCAGCAGGGGGCAGCAAAAACUGGACAGACUGCGACUAUCUUCCCACCGGAUCUCUGGCAGCGAUUUCAUGCAACUCUACAGUCCACAUGAAUGAGAAAGAGACCGUCACUAAAGAGGUGUAUUGUAAUGUUGACGGCUACAUUUCCUCAGAGAAAGCGACGUGUUUGGGCUGCCCUGUGGAGAUUGAAGGAAACUCAGAGGACCUUAAAGUUCCUCUGUUAGCAUCAGUGUCCAAGUUUAACUCAAUUUCCAACUCAACUCACCUGUUCACCCUGAACAGAGUCAGCCAUGCCACUAGACAGGUUGUUGCAGGUUUCAGGUACAAGCUGAGAUUCGACAUGAAGAAAACGACGUGUGCAAAGGCUGAGCACAAAGAUCUCAACGACCUGUGUGUCCCAGAUGAGGACAAUAUGGAGUUUGCAAACUGUAACGCUACCGUGGAUAUGGCACCGUGGAGACUGGAGCAGCCGGGCGUCCUCCUGGCGCAGUGCGAAAACAGAGCCCUACCUUUGCCUCGGCGCCGUCCUCCCGGCUGGUCUCCUCUCAGGAACCGGGAUCCACCUCCGCCCGCCUCUUCACCGUCGCGGUCUCCUCCGUCGAUACAAUCCCCCUCCAAGGCUCCAGCCAAAGAGGAAUCAUCCGAGGAGGACACGACGGCCUCCAAACCGUCAGCCUCCCCCAACGCCAACAACCACCCCUUCCACUGCCCCUCCAACCCCUGGAAACAAUUCAAGCCGGUCCAACCCGUAGCGCCCUCCCAGAAGCCGCCAUUGCAGGGAGAAUUUAGCGAUACUGACCUGCUUUCUUAAGAUUCCUUCUCAAGAAGCCGCAUUUAUUGUAUGUUCAGGUUUAAAAAAAGUGUCCUCAAUGAAUUAUGUUUAACUGUUUUUUUUUCUUGUACACAAGGCUCUAUUGAUGAUUUAAAUCUUUCCAGAACCACCUUCGGGGCUAAAGGCUGUUAGCAGACAUACUUUUAUUGUAACCCGUUUCUAUAUUCUUUGGUUCAAAGUAACCAGAUUUUCUAUUUAAAAGUGUUUAAAGCCUGAUAUAAUUCAGGCUUUCAGUGAGCCAGUAGCAGUACUACCAACUGACUACUCAAUGAUAAAUGGGAAAAAAAGCUAGCUAGGGUGCUAGCGGUUAAUUAACAGCUAGUUAGCCGUAGCAUCAACGACCAUAGAUAUGUUGCGUCAACGGCACAAAGUCACAGAACAUAAUGAAGACGUCUGCGUGCGACCCAAACAUUUGCCUGACAGAAAAGCCUCAAGACAAAAACAAACUGCAUUGAAUGUG